AUGUCGGUCGAGAAGCGCGACGUCCACAACCCGCUCCUCUUUGAGGCGGCGUGGGAGGUCGCCAACAAGGUCGGAGGCAUCUACACCGUCAUCAAGACAAAAGCCCCCGUCACGCAGCAAGAGUACGGGGACCGCUACUGCCUGAUUGGCCCGCUCUCGUACAAGACGGCGCCCAUGGAGGUCGAGGCGCUCGAGCCAGAGGAGCCCGCGCUCAAGGCCACCCUCGAGAGCAUGAAGGCGGCAGGCGUAAAGUACCUCUACGGCAGGUGGCUCAUCGAACGCGCGCCAAAGGUGCUCCUCUUUGACACCGGCAGCAUGUACCACCGCAUGGACGAGUGGAAGGGCGACCUCUGGAACCUCGCCGGCAUCCCUACGCCGCCAAACGACCACGAGACAAACGAGACGCUCAUCUUCGGCUACAUGGUCGCCUGGUUCCUCGGAGAGUUUGUCACGCGAGAGCGCAAGAAGGCCGUCAUCGCCCACUUCCACGAGUGGCAGGCCGGACUCGCCAUCCCGCUCUGCCGAAAGAGGCACAUUGACGUGACCACCAUCUUCACCACCCACGCCACGCUGCUGGGCCGAUACCUGUGCGCCGGCAGCGUCGACUUCUACAACAACCUGCAGUACUUUGACGUCGACCACGAGGCGGGCAAGCGCGGCAUCUACCACCGCUACUGCAUCGAGAGGUCGGCAGCCCACUGCGCCGACGUCUUCACCACCGUCAGCCACAUCACGGCCUACGAGAGCGAGCACCUGCUCAAGCGCAAGCCCGACGGCGUGCUGCCCAACGGCCUCAACGUGGUCAAGUUCUCCGCCAUGCACGAGUUCCAAAACCUCCAUGCCGUCUCCAAGCACAAGAUCAACGAGUUCAUCAAGGGCCACUUCUACGGCCACUACGACUUUGACCUCGACAACACGCUCUACUUCUUCACCGCGGGCAGGUACGAGUACCGCAACAAGGGCGUCGACAUGUUCAUCGAGGCGCUCGCCCGGCUCAACUACCGCCUGCAAAAGGCCGGAUCCAAGGUCACCGUCGUCGCCUUCAUCAUUAUGCCCGCCGAGACCAAGUCGUACACGAUCGAGGCGCUCAAGGGGCAGGCCGUGACCAAGCAGCUGCGCGACACGGUCGAGCAGAUCCAGGCGAGGAUCGGCGAGCGUCUGUUUGAGCGCACGGCGAGGUACCAGGGCGACAGCGGCACCGACAUCAUCGACCCAUCGCAGCUGCUCUCGGACGCCGACAAGAUCGCGCUCAAGAAGCGCGUCUUUGCGCUCAAGCGCAACUCGCUGCCGCCUGUUGUCACGCACAACAUGGCCGACGACAGCAACGAUCCCAUCCUCAACCAGAUCCGCCGCGUCCAGCUCUUCAACCGCUCGUCGGACCGCGUCAAGAUGAUUUUCCACCCCGAGUUCCUCAACGCCAACAACCCGAUCCUCGGUCUCGACUACGAGGAGUUUGUGCGCGGCUGCCACCUCGGCGUCUUCCCGUCGUACUACGAGCCUUGGGGCUACACGCCGGCCGAGUGCACCGUGAUGGGCAUCCCCUCGAUCACCACCAACCUCUCCGGCUUCGGCUGCUUCAUGGAGGACACUAUCGAGCGCGGCGAGGACUACGGCAUCUACAUCGUCGACCGCCGCAUGAAGAGCGUCGAGGACAGCGUCAACCAGCUUGCCGACCAGAUGUUCACAUACGCGCAAAAGACGAGGAGGCAGCGCAUCAACCAGCGCAACCGCACCGAGAGGCUGUCGGAGCUGCUCGACUGGAAGCGCCUCGGCCUCGAGUACGCCAAGGCGAGGCAGCUGGCGCUGCGCCGCGCCUACCCUGACUCGUUCGAGGACGACGAGGACAUCGACAGCUACUUCGACGACAUCGCCGCAGGUGGCAAGAUGCAGCCGCCCAUGUCGGUGCCCGGAUCGCCGAGGCUGCCGCCGUCGGGCAUGCGCACGCCCGGCGAAUUCGGCACGCUCACCGAGGAGCUGCAGAGCCUGAGCACGUCCGACUACCGCGGCUCGCAGCAGUUCUGGAGGGCCAUGAGCCAGCACGGAUCCGACGACGAGGAAGAGGCCGCCUACAAGUUCCCGCUGGUCAUGAAGGCCAGGAACCGAGGCACCUCGGUGGGCAGCAUGAGCGGCGCAUCGACGCCCGGGCUGGGCGGAGGCAAGGUCCUGUCCAGCGCCGACCUCGACCGCGCCGACCAGGCGCUCAGCUCCCACAACCACCCCAACGGCGCCAACGGCAACGGCAACGGCAACUAG